ACUGACCCUAUAUCAACGACAGUGACGUCACAACUUCGCAGAUUGACCGGCUCAGCGAGACAGGAGGGCAAAGAAGGAUCAUGUUUGCGCAGCUGCUGGUCAUCGUGGUUGCUCUGCUGACGACUCCUGACCUCGCGAGCGGCUCGGGUCAGAGGCCUAUCUACAACAUCUAUCACAUGACGAACGCCAUCUGGCAAGUGGACGAAGGUAUGGAGCUGGGAGCCAACGCCAUCGAGUCUGACGUCACAUUCGACAAAGAUGGUACCGCACUCUGGUUCUACCACGGUGUGCCGUGCGACUGCUUCCGGUGGUGCCAGCGUUACGAAGAAGUGCCAGCGCUUUUGCGGUAUCUCCGACGGACCACGGACGGGGGCAUAUACGAAAAGAGCCUGGCUCUUCUAUUCUUGGAUCUCAAGACUUCUAGUGUCGAUUCAGACAAAAAGUACGACGCGGGCGUCGACAUCGCGAAGAAGCUCAUGGAUCAUCUCUGGCUUGGAGACUCAUCCAUUCACAUCAGCUCACGAUGA